UAACGUGAUCGAUCGAGGGACAUUUUUGACAAUUGUUUCCUCAAACUGUGGUUAUCUUUUUAGUAUAAAUAUACUCAGAAAUUAGUAAAUCUUUACAUCUGCAGUUUUCUUCAGCAAAAGGUUACACAACAGCUCAAACAAGAACCAAAACGAUGAAGUGCCUCAGUGUUUUACUGUUAGCCAUUGUUGGUAUCGCCAGCGUGACAGCUUACUACAGUCAUCAUGGCAUGUAUAGAGGUUAUGGUUCAAUGGGGUACAGAUAUCCGAGAAUGGGUUAUGGAUCAUUAUACGGUGGCUAUAGAGGAAUCGGUUAUGGUCGUGGCAGAUAUGGAUAUCCAUAUUCUGGAAUCGGUUACGGUUCAAUGCUUGGAGGUAUUGGCUAUGGAUCUAUGUAUAAUGGAAUUGGUUAUGGAUCUAUGUAUGGCGGCUAUGGCUCCAUGUAUGGAGGAUAUGGAUCUAUGUAUGGUGGCUAUGGACGUAGAUAUGGCGGAUACGGAUACAAACACGGAAAAUACCCACACUUUUACCCAAGUAAAAAAUACGGAUACGACUAUUAAGAUUAACGUGCUACAGCAUCCAUUUGUUUUUCCAUACGUAAUGUGAUUAUCGUACCCUUACUUGCUGGACAAGUCGUUGUGAAACUGAGUUGUGUAAAAAUAACAUUUCUUUUUAACAUUAUAAAAAAUAGACUAACGUUAUAUAGUGAAAUAUCAUAAGUUAAACAUGCAGUUAAUUCAAUGCAUUGAUUUAUACAACCUUAUUAAAUAAUAAAUAGUUUAAUUAGCUCAAGUUUGUAUGUAUGUAUAAAUGUUGAUGUUAAGUUCUGUGUGUAUUGCUUUUGCUAUUAAAAAGUACAAAACAAGAA